AUGGUCGGGCCGCGCCUACCCAAGCUAAAUUUUCUGGCGCUCGCAACUUCUAUCACCACCACUUCAUCCUGCAACCGCAGCAAGUCGCGUCUGAAUGCGCGCGUCACUGUCGACAUUGAUCUACUACUAACUCAGCUUGCGCAUCCCACAAGACACCACGAACCUUCCCGUCCGUGUCGAAGUCUCAUUGCGCGAUGGUUCUCAUGCAAAGCCUUGUCUGACCCUGCUACCAACAUUGGAACUUUUCAGAACAUUUGCAACACAACAGACACUAACAACGCGUCUGCAGGUACAUUCCACCCUUCCGCCUACGCGAACAUCCCAACCUUCCUACUCCUUGAUGAUACCCCUGAUGCGCCGGGCGGACAGAUUGUACUCCUUUGA